CGAAUGAUUCGCCCUGCCUCGCCCUUGGUGCCUGCUUUUGUUGCCUUGCACACAGAAAGGGGGAAAAGUUUCACCUCCACCUUCAUCGCAGAGCUAGCUAGGCCUUGCGCGUCUCGAAGCUCUGGAAUCUGGGGAAGGAGCUGCCUUACAACUGACCUCACCUGCCGCCGCUGUCGCCGCCUGUGCCCGAUUGAGGAUUGAGUUCCCGACCCGGCCGCUGCACCAUUAUCUCUUCCUGAGUUUCCCGGCGUUUCCCCCUUCAUCACGAGCUGCAUUUCUCGCCCGUCCACCCUACCUACCUACCUACCUUCGAUACCGUACCUCAUCCUGAUUUUCUCCUCCACAACUUACGUCCCCCUCCAACACGCCCUGUGCCAGCCAGCUAGCUCUGACCUGAGAACCCGCGUCUCGCCUACUGCCACCUGCUCACGCCCACACACACAAAUACAUAACACACACACACGCACGCGCGCGCACACACACAAGCUACAAACGGCCCACUUUACGAAGCAUCAUCACGGAAGCGCUCCAACGUUGAGCUGCGGGUUUACGCUCGGCGCAUGCUUCGGUAGUCAGGGCACCAAGGGGGAAAGAGGGGCAGCCGCUGCUGUCAAUCUCCUACCUCGUGUGUCUUCCGCCAUCGCUCUUUCGCCUUGACGACAAGGAGCUGCAACACCGACGACGAGUAGUUCUCCCUCUUCACCUUCGACCCUUUUGCCCUCUGUCUUUCCUUGCGCACACCCUCCAGUUGAGCCUCGACCUUUCGCGAAUCAUUUAGCCGCCCAACGCUACUGCUCGGUGCUGUUAAAACACAUACCCCCGAUCAAAGCUUGAUAUUCCCGUCACAGAUCGAUGCCUACCAACGCCCGCCUUUGAACGGCCUCAUUAUGUCAAUUUCCAAACAAGGCCUUCAAAGUCGAGUUUGCCUGGUAGACUCGGCUCGAGGCUACCAUCAGUCAACCUGAAGCGCGCAAGCACAGCCGAUAUGGAGGAGGCAUCCGGUACCCAACAGCAGGCUCAGCCUGGCGCCGGCUCUGACUCCUCCGGGGGACCGCCUACUACGUCUGCCCCUGCGCCUACAUCCAUUCCUAUACCUGCGCCGUCGGUCAACUCGGCUCCUACGCCGUCCGUGAGUGGCAGCUCUGGUGCCGGCCAGUUGUCCAAGAGAAGGCGGGGUUUGGGCGUCGUGACGCCGAAUGCUUGCACCGAGUGUCGCAAAAAGCGCGCCAAAUGCGAUGGCCAAAAGCCGUGUGGCCGCUGCAAAGCCCAGAAAGAUGUCGAGUGCGUCUACGAGAUUCCAGUUCGCCAAUCCAAGGAGCACCUUCGAAGCGAAAUUGAGCAACUGCGCCACCGCCAGCGGUCCAGCGACCAGGUUAUUGCUGCCCUUGUACGCUCCGAUAUGUGGGAGGAUGUAUUGCAACGGUUACGAGGGGGCCAUUCCCUAGAAUCGGUCUCGGAAUGGCUAGGCGGUACCCUUCCCUCUGGCGGUGGUUCGAGAACAUCUCUCAGCCGCCCUACUGAGCAAGCCGGUGACGCGAACGCUGGCGGAUCAGGUGCCCGCACGGGGUUUCCAGGAUCGACACCAGCGCCAAUCAGAACGAGAAAUGUCGGAGGUCCUGGAUCUGUGACCAUGAGCCCCAUCACAGGGCAAUCUAACUUGCGUCAGGAUAUCGAUCCCAACAGCCCGUGGCACCUCUCAUCGCACAGCCAGAGUACCCGGAGCAAUUCGCAUCCCGAUGUGAUGAACUGGAGUGCAGACAACAAUAGUAACAAGCCGCCACAGGGCUUGUUCGAUACAUGGGGGGAGUCAACAAGCAACACAGAGACUUCAGAGGGCGGGUCCAAGUAUCAAGGCCUUGAUCAGGUGCUCGCGCCGCUCGAUCUGCCAGAUAUGAAGCUGCCCCCUGAGGAUUGGACGAACAUUACCGACGACGGCUCCCUGGUGCAGCACCUCCUGGCUCUAUACUUCUGCUGGGAGUACCCGACCUUUGCUUCCCUGAGCAAGGAGCAUUUUUUAAGGGAUUUCCAGAACGGCGUUCAUCGUUACUGCUCACCCAUACUGGUGAAUGCGCUCUUGGCCUUGGGAUGCCGGUUUUCCAGCAAGUCCAGCACGAGAGCGAACCCCAGCGAUCCGUACACCUCGGGGGAUCAUUUUUUCAAAGAGGCCCAACGUCUAUUCUAUCUCCAAGACAACCACCACAAUCUAACCACAAUUCAAGCCUUGGGCAUAAUGUCGAUAAGAGAAGCAAGCUGCGGCCGGGACUCGGAAAGUUGGUACUAUGCAGGGCAGAGCAUUCGUUUGGCCAUUGAGAUGGGUCUCCACCAGCUAGAAGAGGAUGGAGAUGACGACGAGUUUGCAGUGCAGGCUGCCACUUUCUGGGGCGCCUUUGCGCUUGAUCACGCGUGGUCUUUGGCGACUGGCUCACUCCCGCAAUGUUCUUGCUUCCCUCACUUACCGCCAAAGCCCGCCAUUAUCGACGAUAUUGAGGCUUCCUUGUGGAUUCCGUACACGGAUGAUGGCGCCCCGUUGCAGCGAUCAGCUGAGCAGCCUUCCAACGUCCGGUCUGUGUACAAGUGCUUUUGUGAACUGAGUGAGCUUGUCCACCAAAGUCUCUACAUCCUCCACUCCCCAGGAAGACCGUUGACCAGCCGUGACCUUCUGGGCAUCUACACCCAAUAUCUCAACUGGUAUGACAGAAUACCAGAGGUGCUGAGACUGGGCCAUAACUUCACGCCCGCAGUGCUCUUUGCCCACAUGUACUACCACUUUGCCAUUCUCCUCCUCUUCCGGCCGCUCAUCAAGCUGAGAAUAAUCGGCUCCAAGCUGCUGCCGCGGGACGUGUGUGGACAGGCGGCCGAUGCCAUUCAAGGCCUUCUGCGGUCAUAUUCACAACUCUAUACUCUUCGCAGGACGCCGUCCUUCGUCCCGUAUUUCGUCCUCACCUCGUCCAUCAUGCAUUUGGCCAUUGGCGCAGCAUGUGCGCCGCAGCAAAAGGGGUUCGAAGCAACAGCGCAAUCCAACGUCGACCCCCCCGCCCAGCCGCCAUACCCGCCUCGCGUUGUGGAGGCAAUCAAGCAGGGCAUCAGAGACUUGGAAGAGAUGGCACCGUGCCAUCAUUUCGCAGAACAGGCACUGAACAUCCUGCGAUACCUAGCCAAGAAGUGGAAUAUAGACGUCGACAUGGGCGAAAUGGUCCGGUCAGAUGCUGAAUACGCGCACUUGGUCAGGCCAUAUACAAGCAGCCUCAACUUCUUUGCACCAAACGUCAUUGAGGAUGACUUCAUUUGCACCUGGGGCGGCAGCACCGACGAGACCGAGAUGCCGAACCCAGAAACGGCAAUGGGCGCCAAGGGAACAGAGGCCGAAAAGCCGUCGGUCUCGCGGGCGGCCAAGGUCCUAGAGAACCCUCUGUUCUGGCCGUUUCCGAUGCAGGGGCGUCCGAUGCUACCCACGGGACGUGAGCUUGAAAAGGCUGGGUUUGAGAGGAUCUAGGGGCUUUGGAAGGAAGGCAUGCAAAGCGAUGCAUCGAGAGAGCAGACAACGUAAGUUGUUCGCGCCAGAGUAGAUGGCAGGCAUGCAUGCUGGAGGCAGAUUGCUCUCUGUAGGUUUGGAUUUGGGAACAAGCGGCGGAGCUCGUUUUGCCUGCACAGGAGUUUGGCCUUGGGCAAGGCAUUGUGUUUUUUGAUACCCUUACCCCUUUUCCGUAGAGAUGCGACCGGUGACAUCUCCUUUAGCGCCGCGGUCCGGCCAUCCAUCCCAUCAAAUUGUCGUGGCCAUAUCGGCAGUUGGAUGCUUCUGCAAUUUCGGGUCGCUGUAGACGAUGAGAGGACGAGAGGAAGCAAAAGAAGCAGUAAGGCUGGAUGCAAAUAUGACGAGCGUGUCAAUGGAACGUAUUUGCAGGCAUUGUAUUGUGCUCUGUGCAACUAAGGGAGGAAAGCCGAGCUGGCAGGGAACAACCACGCAUAGGCAUGCGACGUAAUCUCAUUGGCUCAAUGCAUCUAAACCCAAAA